CUUCCCUAUCAGAAAAAGCAAAAAUAAAAAAUAAAAACCCAAACCGGACAGAAGCGAAAGAGUAUACUGGACCAUCAUGAUGGCAACUGCAUAGCCGUUGGAUCCAUAUAAUUUUCAAGACUGCGAGGGCAAAGCUCCUAACAAGCUACACAACUCUUUCUUGCCGCUCAAUUUCCUUCUCAUUUCCUCCAUUGGCGGCUUCAGUCGAGAGAGAAGCAAACUACAAAGUAAACUUCACUAUCUUCUCCAUUCUUAGCAUCUCUGAAGCUAUCGCAACUUCUUUUGGACCAUACUGUUUUCUGUUGCAGUGAUGGAUACUGAUGAGGAGUGCUCAAUUGUUCUUGAGUUAUCUGAAAAUGAUCCUUUCUUUGAUAAAAAGAAGAAAUUACUACAAAGUAAGGGGUUUAGUUCCAAGGAACGAAUAUAUCUCAGGUGCUCCUCAGGACCUGCUUGGAUGAAUGAUACUGUAAGGAUCUUACUCCAGAUUGCAAGAAUCAUGCAGCUAAAUGAGCUGGAACUCUAUUUUGCUGAAGAUGACACAAAAGUGGAGUUUUACAGCCCCAGGAAUGAGUUGGAGGCUCUCAAUUCAAUUGUUUUGCUCACCGACAAAUCACUUUCUAGUUGUACAGAUUUCCAUACAAAUAUCUUGCAAGGUUUAAGGGAAACAAUUCUUGAUUUAAUUUCUGAUUUUGGGGACCAAAAUAAUGUGAAGGGAGUAAUUGAAAAAUACCACAGUUGUGACCAAGAAGAAUGCCUGGUUGAGUGGGGUAAAAGCCAUGGUGUAAAGACACAAUUAAAGAUAGCUUAUGUUGAAGGAGCAGGUCGGGGCAUGAUAGCAGGGAAAGAUCUAAAAGUUGGAGAUAUUGCUUUAGAAAUUCCUGCGUCCAUUAUCAUUUCUGAGGAGCUUGUGCUUGAAACUGAUAUGUAUCGGCUCUUAAAAGAGAUUGAUGGCAUAUCUUCUGAGACAAUAUUGCUAUUAUGGAGUAUGAAAGAGAAGUACAACUGUGAUUCAAAAUUCAAAACUUACUUUCACACACUUCCAGAAAAAUUUAAUACAGGAUUGAGUUUUGGGAUUGAAGCAAUUACAAUUUUAGAUGGAACCUUGCUGUUUGAAGAGAUAAUGCAAGCAAGACAGCACCUGCAUGCUCAGUAUGAUGAGUUGAUUCCACCUUUGUGCAAUGGUUAUCCUGAUAUAUUUCCUCCAGAGCUGUACACGUGGGAGAAAUUUUUAUGGGCGUGUGAACUUUGGUAUUCCAAUAGCAUGAAGAUAAUGUAUUCAGAUGGGAAGCUGAGGACAUGUUUGAUCCCUCUUGCUGGCUUUCUUAAUCAUUCACUGCACCCACAUAUUAUGCACUAUGGCAAAGUAGAUCCUUCAACAAAUUCAUUGAAAUUUUGUCUAUCAAGACCAUGCAGAGCUGGAGAAGAAUGCUGCUUAAGCUACGGGAACUUAUCCAGCUCUCAUUUAAUAACAUUUUAUGGUUUCGUACCUCAAGGAGACAACCCAUAUGACGUUAUUCCUUUAGACAUUGAUGGUUCUGAUGUUGAUUCUAUUGAGAAUAAACCUGUGGUUAAUUGGGCGACUCACAUGGUGCGUGGCACUUGGCUCUCUACCAAUCACGACAUAUUCUAUUAUGGCCUUCCCUCUCCAUUAUUGGAUCAUCUUCGGAGAUCUCGAAGUCCUUUGCUGCAAACAAAGACUUUUUUGCAAGGAAACCUAGAAAAUGAGCUGGAAGUUCUUGGAGAUCUUACAUACAUCUUUGAUGACAUGAUGGACAAUAUGGGCGAUAUCGAUCUUGAUAACAGAGAAAGCUUCAAUUGGGAUGAAAAAAUGGCCGUGGAUUAUAAGAAUCUACAAAGACGAAUUGCCCAUUCUGUGUCAACUUCAUGUCAUAAUGGGUUCAGCAUGUUGAAGAAUGAACUGCUCAAGUGCAUGGCUGAAGACAUUCUAGGCUAAUUGCUCCAAGCCGUAUAUGGUCAUUUGGAUCUUAGUUUAGAUUUAGAUAUAUUGAUUGAUGAUAAAAAUCAAAAUGAGUUUUGCUGUCAUUCGAUAUAUGGCACGGUGCAGCUCGUAAUGUCUUCCUCGGUUUGAAAAGUGGUUUAGUUCCAGAAUAUUUUUCAGGGAUACUAGUAAGAAUUUGCUUGCUAUAGCUAUUGACGCCACGUAUAUUCUUUUGAAAGUGUGUAGUCUAGUAUAAAAACUACCAUGUAAAAUGCCUCCGAUUCGCUUAAAGAAAAUAAUGCUCGUUGCAUUA